AUGCUUCUAGUUUUGGACUCCCCCACCCUCGGGAAAAGACGUUUGGCUAUACAGCUGACGUGGAAGGAAUCAAAAUGGGGCAAGAACAGAAAUGGAGGUCAGCUAAACAAUUCUGAUCAGCAACAGAAAAGUGCAGCCAAGCAAAAAUGUUGGCAAUACCACCACGAUACCCUCGACCAAGUCGUCUUGACGGUGCAACUGAAAGACCAACCGAACAUCAGCACCUCCAUCUUCGUGGGCAGCGCCUACUUCUUGGCCUCCAGAGAGUUUGUCGGCCAUGUGUUUGACAGUGCCAAGAUCCAGGCCUUCCUCAAGUUGUCGGAGGAUACCUACAGCCCGGACGAGCAUGUGUGGGCUACCCUGCACAGAAUGCCCAAUGUACCCGGCUCCAUCCCAUACACCCAAGGAGCCACCAGGACACUUGGCCGGGCAGUAAAGUGGUCCUUUGAGGCUGGUGACGUUGCGAGGGGUGCCCUAUACCCUCCCUGCACGGGAAAGUAUCGCCAUUUGGUUUGUGUGUAUGGGGCAGGAGAUCUACAUUGGGUGGUCCGUCAGAGAUGUUUCUUUGCAAAUAAGUUUGACCCCAACAUGGACAACAUGGCAGUACAGUGCAUGGAGGAAUAUCUCCGAAACAGGACACUUGGUAAAACUGGGGCUGUGUUGGAGGUUGGGACAGAGUAAACCUCGGUGAUGGUGGUAGAGAUGGUGGGUGAGACAUUGGAAACACAAAGACUGGGCACUGUGAAACUGGGCACUGUGAGAUUGUAUACUGUAACACUGGCUGCUGUGGAGGCCAGGCACUGUGAAACUGCAUGCUGUAACAUGGCCACUGUAGCACUAGUCAGUGUGAGGCUGGGCACUAUAGUGUUGGGCACUGUGGAGAUUGGAUACCUUAAUACUAUCCACUGUAACACUGGGCACUGUGAGACUUAGCACUGUAACAUUAGUUACUGUGAGAGUCAAAAUGUGUGGUGCUGGAAAAGUACAGCAGGUCAGGCAGCACCCGAGGAGCAGGAGAAACCGAUGUUUCA